AUCAUUUCAUUUAUUUUGAUAUUUGUUUCAAUCAUUUUCUUCUCUGGUCUAAAAAGGAAUCCUUAGGGCUUGUAAAGAUUUGACACAAAAACAGAAAAUUCAUCAGCACAAUAAAUUUAUUCCCUCAGCUAUCAUUUGACAUUAUUGUCUACUUUUCACUAGAAUGAAAAAUUGAAACCCAAGAAUAUGGAUUAGUGCAUGGUUUCAGUCUAAAUCUUUGAGUAAUGCACAUAUAAAUUUGCCUGUUGUAGAGUUCAUGUAUCAAGAGGCUUUCCUGACGACCUACAGAACCUUCAUCUCACCUCACGAUCUCAUUGACAAACUGCUGUACCGCUUCCACAAAUUCCACCACGCCAGUGAGAAAAAGAAGAAAGUGGCAAGGAACACCUUCUCACUUCUAAUCAGGGUCAUUGAUGAACUAAGCCAAAAAGAGAUGAACCAGGCCACCACAGAGAAGAUGAUGAGUUUGGUGUUUGAGCUCCUUUGUCAGGGGGAUCUGAUACUGGCCAAAGUACUGAGGAAGAAGGUGAUCGAGAAGUGUGAGAGCAAGAAGACGGCCCCCGAUCCGUUCUCCUCCAUGACUUUUACUUCCUCUAUCACACUCAAGUCCAGUCCAUCAGAUUUUCUGUUUUACAAGUCACAUGACAUAGCAGAACAAAUGACCCUCUUAGAUGCAGAGCUCUUCCAAAAAAUAGAGAUUCAUGAAGUCUCACUUUGGGCCAGAGAACAGUCUGAAGAGCUGAGUCCUAAUCUUACAGAGUUCACAGAACACUUCAACAAAAUGUCUUAUUGGUGCCGGACCCAGAUUCUGACACACGAUGAAGCCAAAGACAGAGAAAAGUAUUUCUUCAAGUUCAUCAAAAUCAUGAAGCAUUUAAGGAAGUUAAACAACUUCAACUCUUACCUUGCCAUUCUGUCGGCAGUGGACUCCGCUCCAAUCAGGCGACUUGAGUGGCCAAGGCAAAACUUAGAGGCAUUAAAAGAAUUCUGUCAGUUGAUUGACAGUUCAGGGUCCUUCAGAGCUUAUCGACAGGCACUGGCUGAAACUGAACCACCCUGUAUACCUUACAUUGGUCUUAUUCUACAAGACUUGACUUUUAUCAACAUUGGAAACCAAGACUUGCUGCCCGAUGGAAGCAUUAACUUUGCCAAAAGAUGGCAACAGUUUAACAUCCUCGACAAUAUGAGAAGGUUUAAGAAAUGCAACUACCAAAUAAAGAGGAAUGAGAAGCUGAUAAACUGUUUCAAUGACUUCGACGAUUAUCUCAGUGAGGAAAGCUUGUGGCAGAUAUCUGAGAAAAUUAAACCACGUGGGGGCAACAAGAAACGGCUAGAAUUUGACAGCUAAGUGCAGUGGUGUAGAAAGGUCAUGUUUUGGUGGUUCAUAGGCAGUGCUGUGAUCUGAAUUCUGCUGAUUUCCCAUCACAUUUUAUAAUGUGGUCAGAUUCACAAUGAAUUAAAAAAGUGAUAUAAUGUAUUUACCAUACAGGGCCAUAUAACAGAGACAAGACAUCAUUGAGUAUUCACAAGCAUUUUCAUAUUUUGUGCGAUGUUAUACAAUUUGAGGUGUCUCCUAAAUGCCAUAUAGAAUUUACUUAAGACACUAUACAUCCAUAAUGUUGUUUAUUCGUGAGAUGUUACGAAGGCUGUACAAGGUGUAAUUUAUUGUUAUUUUGCUAUAUGUUACUUAGAUUGUUAUUUUGACCAAUCCCAAGCCUCUGGGAUUAUGUGUUACAGAUUAUUAUGAUUGUUAUGUGUGAUAACUGAAUGGGAUCGAUUGGUUGUAUAAUUAUUUAUUCCAAGAUUGUUUUCUUUUAUGAAGAUUUGGUUGAUAGCAAAAUUCAAUGAUACUAGUAAAUGUUUCUUGAUCUUGAAUAUUAACGGUUAACAUUUCAAGUGAACUAUGAUUUGAAGUGCUAUUUAUAACUAUAAGAAAGAAAUUUUCUGACAAUUAAAUAUUUUCUUUUAUUUAUAUACAUAAACUGACAUUUUUCUUGACAGGGAACCAACAGUUGUAUGUGUAUUUGGUUAUAAUUGUGCCAAAUUUUGUCUCCAUCGUUUAAAAACCCUGAUUUUUUUUUAUUCAUUCAAAUUGUUUAUGUAUACAAGUGCUUUGAUAGUUACACCAUUUUAUAAAGGUUUUGUAAUUUAUUUCAAUUUUUAUAGCAAACUUGCUGUGAUUCAAUCGUUGCAAAAAUUUCUGUCCUCUGUAUUUCAUGCAGUGGAUGUCGGGUAUUGCAGUGGAAAAGUGUGCUAUAGGCAGAUGCUUGUAACUGUUACUUUAAAGAAUGUAAAUAGAACAUGUACAAGAAAUAGCACAGGAGCAUUGUUUUCUAGGAAUGUCAUAGUCACUCCAUGUUUUAUAGCUCUACAGAAAUGCCAACUUAAAGAUUACAUUAAUCAAGCAGCAGUAUUACUGUUAUACAGUUUAUGAUUCAUCAGAUAUUGCUUUUUCUCUACAAUCGUAAUUUAAUGUAAAUGUAAUAGGAUUUUUUUUUUUGUAAUAUCAUAGAAAGGAGAAAAAUAAGUUCGGAAAUCUAUGUUUAACACUUCCGUGUUGUAGUUCACAGGACUUGAGACAAUUUAUCGUUGUUCACAGUACUGAUGUGCUGCUCAUCCUAUCACUGGAUGCAGUUGGAACAUACUCUGUGUAUAGGAUAAGAACUUUUGUAGUCAUGACUCGUGUUCAGAAUGACUUGUUGUGAAUUGUUAUAGCUGAUUGACCUAGUAUUUAUAUGUAAAUAGUCACCCUUUAUGCAGUUAUUAAGAGUAUACUGUAAUAAAGAAAUAACAAUGAAUUGA